GACUCAAACACCUCCGUGCUGGAGAUGGGUCGAGAAUCAAGUCCGGGCGUGGCGGCCUAGGGUGUCUCAGCCAAAUUCUUCCAUGCAGUCGUGAGGCUGAGUGUCCGAACCGCGUAGCGGAACUACAACUCCCAGGACCACAGCUGACCGGACUUCCGGAAGCCAAAGCCGGGCGGGGAGGAAGCUGCUGAGAUCCAGACAAGAGGCCGGGGGUUAAUUUAGCAAGAAAAACGGGGGGUGGGAAGAGCUAAAGGGCUAACCUGUCAAUUCGUCACCAUGAACGUGGUUUUUGCUGUGAAGCAGUACAUUUCCAAAAUGAUAGAGGACAGCGGACCGGGCAUGAAAGUACUUCUCAUGGAUAAAGAGACGACCGGCAUAGUGAGUAUGGUAUACACACAAUCGGAAAUUCUCCAGAAGGAAGUGUACCUUUUUGAACGCGUUGAUUCUCAAAAUCGAGAGAUCAUGAAACACCUGAAAGCAAUUUGUUUUCUUCGACCUACAAAGGAGAACGUGGAUUAUCUGAUUCAGGAGCUUCGAAGACCCAAAUAUAGUAUAUAUUUUAUUUAUUUCAGUAAUGUGAUCAGCAAGAGUGAUGUGAAGUCAUUAGCUGAAGCUGAUGAACAGGAAGUUGUGGCUGAGGUUCAGGAAUUUUAUGGUGAUUACAUUGCUGUGAAUCCACAUUUGUUUUCCCUCAAUAUUCUGGGUUGCUGCCAGGGUCGAAAUUGGGAUCCAGUCCAACUAUCUAGAGCAACUCAAGGACUGACAGCUCUCCUUUUAUCUCUGAAGAAAUGUCCCAUGAUUCGUUACCAGCUUUCAUCAGAGGCAGCAAAGAGACUUGCAGAAUGUGUUAAGCAAGUGAUAACUAAAGAAUAUGAACUGUUUGAAUUUCGGCGGACUGAGGUUCCUCCAUUGCUACUUAUUUUAGAUCGCUGCGAUGAUGCCAUCACCCCAUUGCUAAACCAGUGGACAUAUCAGGCCAUGGUCCAUGAACUACUGGGCAUAAACAACAAUCGGAUUGAUCUUUCCAGAGUGCCAGGGAUCAGUAAAGACUUGAGAGAGGUGGUCCUAUCUGCUGAAAAUGAUGAAUUCUACGCUAACAAUAUGUACCUGAACUUUGCUGAGAUUGGUAGCAACAUAAAGAAUCUCAUGGAAGACUUUCAGAAGAAGAAACCAAAAGAACAGCAAAAACUAGAAUCAAUAGCAGACAUGAAGGCCUUUGUUGAGAAUUACCCACAAUUUAAGAAGAUGUCUGGGACUGUAUCAAAGCACGUGACAGUGGUUGGAGAGCUGUCUCGGUUGGUCAGUGAGCGGAAUCUGCUGGAGGUUUCAGAGGUUGAGCAAGAGCUGGCCUGUCAAAAUGACCAUUCUAGUGCUCUCCAGAAUGUAAAGAGGCUCCUGCAGAACCCCAAAGUGACAGAGUUUGAUGCUGCGCGCCUGGUGAUGCUUUAUGCUCUACAUUAUGAGCGACACAGCAGCAAUAGCCUACCAGGAUUAAUGAUGGACCUUAGGAAUAAAGGUGUUUCUGAGAAGUAUCGAAAGCUUGUGUCUACAGUUGUUGAAUAUGGUGGUAAACGGGUCAGAGGAAGUGACCUCUUCAGCCCCAAAGAUGCUGUGGCUAUUACCAAACAGUUCCUCAAAGGAUUGAAGGGAGUAGAAAAUGUAUAUACUCAGCAUCAGCCUUUCUUACAUGAGACCCUGGACCAUCUCAUCAAAGGAAAGCUCAAGGAAAACCUGUAUCCUUAUCUAGGCCCCAGCAUACUCAGAGACAGACCUCAGGAUAUCAUUGUGUUUAUAAUUGGAGGAGCCACCUAUGAAGAGGCUCUAACAGUUUAUAACCUGAACCGUACCACUCCUGGAGUGAGGAUUGUCCUAGGGGGAACCACUGUGCAUAACACGAAAAGAUCCUUAGAAGAAUCUCUAAUCACCUUCCUCCCAACUUACAAGCUAUCAUUGUCCAGCAUAUUGGUUCCACUUUGUUUUUAUAAUCCCCAAAUGAAUCAUUAUUAUUUUCAAUAGUCAAUAUAUGUUAAGAUUUACCUACAUAUUUGCCCCUCCCCCCUCUUCAUCCUGGCCCUUCUUUCUGAUCCAGUAUUAUUCUUACUAAAGAACAUCUUUUAAUAUUUCUUUCAGGUUCUGGUCAACUUGACGUUUUUAUCUAAAAAUAUCUUAGUUUAGCUAAGUUUAGAAUUUCAGGUUGAUAGUUUUUUUCAGCACUUAGAAAUCAGAAGACAGUGGAAUACUGGUACUUCCCUGGCAGUCCAGUGGUUAAGACUCCGUGCUUCCACUGCAGGGGGGCGUGGGUUCGAUCCCCGGGGAGCUAAGAUCCCGCAUGCCAGUACCGUGUAGCUCCCCAAGAAAAAAAAGAGAACAAGGGAAUACUAUUUUCAGUUGUUGCUUCUUAGUAGACUUCUUAAUGAAGUCUACUCUCGAUACAAUUGUUUUUCAUCUGUAGGCAAUAUUUUCUUCUUUGGCUCUUUUUAAGAUUAUCUUUUUGUCUUCAGUGUUCUUGUUUCAGUAUUAUGUAUCUAAAUGGGGAUUUAUUUUUAUGUUACUUGGUAUGAAAAUACGUGUUUGGCAUAAUUUCUGGAAGUUUUCCAGUCGUUAUUUCUUUGAAUAUUGCAUUUUUGCCCCAAUUAUUCUGUUCUCUCCUUCUGGAACUCCUGGGAGCUAUAUGUUAGGCAUUUAUCUAUUUUUCAUGUCUCAACCUCUUAUUUAUAUUAUCCACCUGUUAUCUCUCUGUGCUGCCUUCUGUGUAAUUUUUUUCACAUUAGUAUUUCAGUUCAGUAAUUCUCUCUUCAGCUAUGUAUAAUGUGUUUAAUUUGUCCAUUCAGUUUUUAAUUUCAAAGGUAAUAUUUUUAUGCCUGUAAUUUCUAUUUGCUUUUUCAAAUUUGCC